AUGGUGGCGGUGCAGAUGCCCGCCGACCCUUCUUCGCUGAACAACGUGUCUAUGUAUGGCUUUGGCGCGAUACCAAAUCUAGAGGCGUCGGUGACUCCGGAAGAGCCCCUCAAACGUCGUCUGCGACCACGAAGGGGGAAAACUGAAGAAGCGUCCGAUGCAGACGUCUUCCUUGUCAACGUCAGACAGCGCAGCAAUGGGAACCAGCGGCCGUCGUCCUCCAGCAUCAAAGUCAAACCCAAGCCACGGAAAACUCUUAUCCGCCUUCACGGGUCGGCCAAGGCUCAACCCGGCUCCAAACACUUACCCAUCGAGAUACUUGACAGCGAAAAGAAGGCUGCCGGUUCCGAUACAUGA